ACGUGAUGGUUGUAACUUUUAUGCUUAGGUUGUUUGUAUAAGACACGUCUGUUAGAAAUUUUACAAAAUUUAUUGAUUACCUUGCAGUGCACGGGUUUUAAAUUUUGAAAUGAAACAAAGACAUAUUUCUUGUUUUCAUGUUUAUUUUAUUACAUUAAUGGUUUGAUAAACAGAAUCGGGGUCACUCGUAUUCGCGGCGUGUUUAUUAUUAUACAUUUGUAAGAAAAUGACAUAUUUCUGAAAUAAAACAUUAAAAUUAAUAAAAUGCAAGACGAAAGUGAAACAAAGGCGGGAAAUCCAUCGAAUAAGUUCAUAAUCCAGACAAGGAACAAGGAGCGCCGUCUAUAUGCAGAUUUUGAUAUUGAUGAUGACGAAAUUGAAGGGAAGAGAACCUACAACAUUGAGCAGAAGCUGCGACAAAAUACAUACAAAGGAGAUUAUUUGCAGUUCAUGAAAGGCGAAGACUUCACAUUGAAGUAUAUGCAAGAAAAUGGUUUGAAGAAUCCAAUUCUCUUUAAGGAUAAGAAGGGUCUGGGAAUGAGAAUUCCCAGUGAAAACUUCAAAGUCAGCGAUGUGAAGCAAUGUGUUGGUAGCCGACGUGUGUUGGACGUGAUGGAUGUGACGACACAGAAGGCGAUGGAAAUGACGAUGAAGGAGUGGGUCGCGUACUAUGAAAACCCUCAGCGAGACCGGCUACUCAAUGUGAUCAGUCUCGAAUUCUGCCACACCCGCCUUGAAAACUAUGUCGAGUCACCAACACUAGUGCGUCAGAUUGACUGGGUAGACCAGGUGUGGCCUCGUUAUUUGAUAGACUGUCAAAAGGAAUCCACAAACGUCAUCGAGAAAAUGAUGUAUCCAAAAGUCAAAAAAUACUGUUUGAUGAGUGUUGCUGGGUGUUACACAGAUUUUCACAUUGAUUUUGGAGGUACCUCUGUGUGGUAUAAUAUCCUACAUGGUGAAAAGAUUUUCUGGUUGAUUCCUCCAACUGAUGAGAACAUUGAAACCUACCAGAACUGGGUGCUGUCGGCCAAACAGGGAGAUGUCUUUCUUCCAGACGAAGUGGAAGAUUGUCAGAAAGUCACACUCAAAGCCGGAGACACUUUAAUCAUUCCUUCUGGUUGGAUCCAUGCUGUAUUUACACCCAAGGACUCUUUGGUGUUUGGAGGAAACUUUCUUCACAGUUUUAACAUUCCAGAACAAUUGAAGGUGUUUGAAGUAGAAGAGAAAACACAUGUUCCUCACAAGUUCAGAUAUCCAUUCUACCUUGAAAUCAUGUGGUAUGUGUUGGCGCGGUAUCUGUGCUGUGUUACUGGUAAAGCCUACGUCAAAGUGCCAGAGAACUAUGACCAAGAUGAUUGGGCACAUUCUCCAGCUUCUAUGAUCACAUCCGACGAAUCUCGACCGCCAUCUCAGAAUUCGAAUUCAAGACCAUCAUCAAGAAACCAGGACGACAUAAUAAACUUCAAAACUGAAAUUGGAGAAACUUUAAUAAAAAACGUGAAAGUCGCAUUGAAGAGACUUGACGACUCUCUUAUUAAAUCGUAUGGUGAUGAAGAAUUGCAAGCAAAACCGAAAAGGUUGUCCAAGAAGUCUUCUUCUAGGGAUACAAAAUCGGAUAAAAAGACAACGAAUGAUUCUGAUGGCUCUGACAAGAAAUGGGUUCAUCUCACAAAAUGGGAGUUGGAAGGACUCAUUCAGCUUGUGGGGAAGGUUCAGACUUUUCCACUUCAUAAAAGAGGGGUGCCUAAAGAUUUGUCAGAUCCAGAUGGCUUGCUUGUUGAUAUCAAGCAAAUGCUCAGAGAUCAUAUGAAUGAUAAUCCGGAAUUUGCCAUCACUGGAGAACCUAGCUGUUGGAUGCCAGAGUCUCAAAAGAAGACGAAGAGUCGAACCAUGAAGACACCAAAGGUUAAGUCUCAAAAAGCAUCGUUUUCUGGCGGUCCGAAGCGGCGGCGUGUGCGCUGUAAGAAGUGUGAGCCGUGUACAAGGACCGAGUGCGGAGAGUGUAACUUCUGUAAGGACAUGAAGAAAUUUGGUGGUCCGGGACGCAUGAAGCAGACCUGUAUCAGCAGACAGUGUAUGGCACCUCUGUUGCCAAGCACGGCUGUGUGCGACAUCUGUCACGGAGAUGAGCUGGUGAAGGAUGAGGAGACCGGGGACAGGGUCUCCACCCUGAUGGAGUGUGGAAUUUGCUGGAGCAUCGUGCACCCCCCGUGUCUGGCGGAGAAAAACCCCGAGCUCCACAGCGAGGGAAACAUCAACGAAGACUCGCCCAACACGUGGAUGUGUUCCAAGUGCUGUCAGGAUGGCAAAGAAGCACAGUUUAGGAUGCGCACAUACCCUGGUGGAAUCCCGAAAACCGUGGGUAACCAAAGGGAAUCAACAGACGGUGAUGACGUAAAAGUGAAAUCUAAAGUCCCUAAAACCAUUGCCAUUGAUGUUAAAGCUGUUGAAGGCAAGAGAGUUGUCUGCAAGGAAAUGCCACCAGUUCUUGAGCCUGAAACUGAUCUGACGGAUGACUUACAAUCGGAAAUAUCUGAACCACCUUUGUUAACCCUGGAGGAAAUUAGUCCCAACCUUGACCUUGACAGUCACUUGGUAAAACAAGACAAACUGAGAGAGAGAACAAUCAAGAAAGUGCUGAAGAGAAAAGCGAAACAGUUGCUGGAGCAGCUCCCCAAGCAGACAUCGCAAAGGAACAAACUGAAGAAAAUGAAAAGAAUACAUUCAGUGGUGAGAAGAAGAGGUCCCAUGCUGAAGGCAACUCUGUCUGUGUAUGGUGAGGAAGAGGCUGUUCACAUUCCCAGAGGCCGAUCGGCUCGCAAUGUCGUAAACUCGUACUCAUCAUCCUCUGAUGAUGAAGACGACAGCAUUGAAGAUGUCGCCCCUACCAUCAUUAAGAUGAGCAGUCCAAGAAAAGUGACCACUGUUUCGGAUGAGAAUGACGGGGACGUGGCGAGAAAACGGCCGAGAAGAGAGGGCCCCUUCCCUGGAAGACAAGGCCGUGGAGUAGAGCGACCAUCGAUCCCAAACAACCGACCCACGCUGAGACCAAGAUUAGGAAAUUCCAUCUCUCUGCCAAACACCAGACCUCGACGAAAACGAACAUUGACAGAACCAGAGGAUGGUGGCACAGGAAAAAAUCCCAAGUCUUCAAAGGGAAGAGGAUUACCUGGGCAAGACCGACCGCGAGAUCAGGGUAGAAAUCCAGAUAAGACAAGCAGAGAUAAGUCUGAAUCGUUUCCAUCAAGACCACAGAGAGGUGACGGAGAUAAUCCUGGUCAGGGUGGGAAUGGGAAGGAGAUGGGCGACAAAGAACAGCAUGUGGUAAGACCUGCCCCUAUACCUCCCCCUCCUGAUGAAGUCCUCAUGCCCAACGGUAAGAAGCAUCCACUGAAUCGUGCCAUGUGGAUGAAAAUCUUCUACUAUCUCCAGCCUUCGGAUCUGGCCCGAUGUCUCUGUGUCUGUCAGACGUGGAACCGAUGGGUCAUUGAUCGCAGCUUGUGGAAGAAAAUUGUUCUUUCCAAGAAGAAAAUUGUGCAGGAAAUCCUUGCUGGCGUGGUCAGACGGCAGCCAGAAGUGUUGCUGCUUAAUCAGUCGAGGAUGACGAUCAAACAGCUGUCGUGGUUACUUGCCCGUCUUCCACAGUUGAGAGAACUGGAUCUUUCGUACCUGUCUUGGGCGACCAUCGGAGCUCUGUGCUCCUGUUCGUGUCCUCUUCUACGGUCUCUGACUUUAAACUGGGCAUGCGGAAUCUAUGAAAAGUGCUUCACCGACCUGAUCCUGCCACCUGUGGAUAGACUUCCGGCUGUGAAUGAUGUGAGCCGUCUGCACCUGCUGACCAAUCUGUCCAUUGCUGGUACAGAAGCCACUGAUCACACUCUGGACUUGAUAACUCGACACAUUCCUCAGAUUAAGAAGCUCAACCUCAGCUACUGCAUGAGAAUCACGGACAAGGGAGUAGAGAUACUCUUCGGUCAGACCAGUCCUCUAAAAGCCACACUGAAGGAGAUCGAUGUCUCGCGCUGUGUCCAGCUGACGGACCAGGUGUUUUCAGCGCUCAAGAAAGGUGCCGCUCUGGAGUUCAUCAACUUCAGGGCCUGUGAGAAAAUAUCUCAACAGAGUUGUCAGAAAUUUGCUGCUGCAUACAUUUUCCGUCCAAUGACUGUGCUGGCUGACAAGAUGAUUAUUGCUAGUCAGACCAGUAGUCAGAAUAUGUAAAGGACAAUGGUUGGAAUAAGAGUUUGAAUUUUUGAUUGAAUGAAAAUAUUUUUCAGUCAUGGCAGAUGGGUUUAUUUUUUGUGUGAAAUGUUUUUCACAGGCAAGACAGAAGGGUUUAUUUUUUGUGUGAAAUGUUUUUCACAAUCAAGAUGGAUGCAUGUAAAAUGAAGUUAAUUAUUAUUUGUUUUUGUCAUUAUGAAGUAAUUCAACAAAUAGAUGAACAAAAUUUUGAGUUUAUACAUUCAGUUCUUAGACAAUUGGAUUGACAUGGAAUAAUUCAUACCUGACGAUUUUGUAAUAUUCAUUAGGUGGAGUUUGGAUAAGUUUGACACUGUGUGUCAUUAAUGGAAAGUUUUUGUUUGGGUUUUUGUAGGGAUUGUAGAUAGUAUCUUGUUUGUGUCAUAGUCUACUAGUCUUGAAACUAGAUUGACUUGAGGUCCCAAGUUUGUACUUGUAUUUUAUUAAAAAACAAUCAGAGACCAUGUUUAAACCUACAUAAUAUAGACACACCAAAACCAUUAAUAAUUUGAAAUAAUAAAUAAUAUCUUUAAACCUUUGAUACUUAACUUAUGCACCAAAACCAUUAAGAAUUUGAAUUAUUUUUUUAUAAACCUUUUAUGCAUAAUUUAUAAAUCUACAGGCAAGAUUAAAAUGAGUGUAAUUUUAAAUAUUUGUUCUAGAUACAGUAUAUGAUUAUCAUAGUAACUAAAAUGAUGGUUGAAAGUCUAUAAAUUGAUUCCAAAAUUGUUGUAAAUUUUACUAUCUGGUGAUGUAUUUCAAGAUUAGUUCCAUUUUAGUUUUACUAGUGUGACUAUUAUACUUGCUUUGAAAUAUUGUACAUUUUAUAGGUUUCUCCACCAUAUGAACCAAGAAUUGAAUUGAAAAAUAACAGUAACUUAAAUUUUGGACAAAGGCUCAAACUAACGGUCUAGACUCUUCUUAUUGCUAUAUGAUUACCCGGUAAAGUUUUUAGGGACCGGUCCAGAUGGGGACCAAGAAUUUGAUUCCUACUCCUUUACCUUCUAGACUCUUAUUGCUAUAUGAUUACCCGGUAAUGUUUUUAGGGACCGGUCCAGAUGGGGACCAAUAAUUUGAUUCCAACUCCUUUACCCGUUUUGCUUUUUUGUUUCUUUUUAGUUUGUGAAAUGUUACGUAUUUUUCAUAAUUAAAAUCAUACCUUUUAGUCUUGGUGACGAGUGCUGUCAAGAUGCAGAAAAUAAUUUAUCAGAGACUAUGAAAAUAUUGCUAUUUAUUGUUGGCCCAAAUUUUGGACAUUAUUAUCCCACCAUAACUUUGUGGUGAUUGUGUAUUCUAGUCUAAUACUAAAUGUUUUCAUCACUGCCUUCAAGAAAAGAUAGCAGAAGUGAACAAUGUGAAUUAUGUUUCUAAUCAAGAUUUUCAUACUUUUAUAUCUGUACAUGUAUAUACUUGUAUAUUAUGUAUUUUCUACGAUUUUCAUUUCUUGCAACAGUUUUGCUUUAAAAAAAAAAAUUAAGAUUUUUUCCCAGUUAAUAAAAUGGGUAAAGUUAUUUCUAAUAAACAAAAUUGAUUACCAGUAUUUCAUUUGCUAUGCCAUAUUAUUUCCCCAACAUACAAGUUGUAAAAUGUUGGUGUUGGGGG